GCCCUCUCCCCCCACCCUACCCCCUUUCCCGUUGGGACCCCCUCCUUUGCCCCCAGGCCUGUCCAGGGGUGGCCAUGCAGACCCCCCAACCGUCGCCCCUCGACCGGUCCCAUCGUUGGGCCUCCUCUUCCAACCGGGCCGGAGCGGGCAGGCCCGGACGAGGCCCGCAGCCGGUCCUGCUGCCGUCCAUGCUGAUGUUCGGUGUCAUCGUGGCGUCCAGCGGGCUCCUGCUCCUCAUCGAGCGGGGCAUCGUGUCCCGGGUGGGCCCCAUGCCCCCGCACCCCCAGCGGGGCCCGGCCCCGGAGGCCCCGUCCGACCCGGCCCACGGGGUCCGGCAGGACGUGCGCAACCGGACGGUGCGGGCGGUGUGCGGCCAGCCGGGGAUGCCCCGCUCCCCCUGGGACCUGGCGGCGGGGCCCCGGCGGACGGUGCUCCGACACAUCCUGGUCAGCGACCGGCACCGCUUCCUCUACUGCUACGUGCCCAAGGUGGCCUGCUCCAACUGGAAGCGGGUCCUGAAGGUGUUGGCCGGCGCCCUGGACAGCGUGGACGCCCGGCUGAAGAUGGACCACCAGCGGGACCUGGUGUUCCUGGCCGACCUGGCCCCGCAGGAGAUCCGCUACCGCCUGCGGACCUACUUCAAGUUCCUGUUCGUGCGGGACCCGCUGGAGCGCCUGCUGUCCGCCUACCGCAACAAGUUCGGCGAGAUCCGCGAGUACCAGCGCCGCUACGGGGCCCAGAUCGUCCGCCGCUACCGGCCCGGGGCCCGGCCCGACCCGCCGGGCGACGACGUCACCUUCGCCGAGUUCCUCCGCUACCUGGUGGACGAGGAGCCCGACCGCAUGAACGAGCACUGGAUGCCCGUCUACCAGCUGUGCCAGCCCUGCGCGGUGCGCUACGACUUCGUGGGCUCCUACGAGCGGCUGGAGGCCGACGCCGACCACGUGCUGAGGCGGGUCGGGGCGCCUCCGACCGUCCGCUUCCCCGCCCGCCAGCCCUGGUACCGGCCCGCCGGGCCCGACACCCUGCGCUACCACCUCUGCGCCGCCCCGCCCGCCCUCCUCCGGGACCUGCUGCCCAAGUACAUCCUCGACUUCUCCCUCUUCGCCUACCCGCUGCCCAACCUCACCAGGGAGGCCUGCCGCCAGUGACCCCCCCCCGGCCCCGGGGACCGGCCCUUCGCCAAGCGCGCCCACCCAAAAGUGGGCAUUGGCCGUCCCUUCGUUCUGUGCUUUGCACAGACUAAGCGCUUAACAGAUACCACGGUUACUAGUAUUGUUAUUAUGGAGCU